UCCCCGUCUGUCGGGAACUGGGCUCGGAGCCCUCAGUCGGCCCGAGCUCUGGAUGUGGGCGCCGGACAAGUCCGCGGCGCCUCCGCCCAAGAUGGACAGCCGCUACACCAGCACUGCGGGCAUCGGGGACUUGAACCAGCUGAGCGCGGCCAUCCCGGCCACGCGGGUGGAGGUGUCGGUGUCCUGCAGAAAUCUUCUUGACAGAGACACAUUCUCUAAAUCUGAUCCAAUUUGUGUAUUAUAUGUACAAGGAGUUGGAAACAAAGAAUGGAGAGAGUUUGGAAGGACUGAAGUAAUUGAUAAUACUUUAAAUCCUGAUUUUGUAAGAAAAUUUAUCCUGGACUACUUUUUUGAGGAAAGGGAGAACCUUCGCUUUGACUUGUAUGAUGUUGAUUCAAAGAGCCCCAACCUGUCCAAACAUGACUUUCUGGGACAAGUGUUUUGUACAUUGGGGGAGAUUGUUGGUUCUCAGGGAAGUCGCCUGGAAAAGCCAAUAGUAGGAAUUCCAGGGAAGAAAUGUGGUACAAUUAUACUUACAGCAGAGGAAUUAAACUGUUGCAGGGAUGCUGUUCUAAUGCAAUUUUGUGCGAACAAAUUGGACAAGAAGGACUUUUUUGGAAAGUCGGACCCUUUUCUUGUAUUUUAUCGAAGUAAUGAAGAUGGCAGUUUCACAAUUUGUCAUAAAACAGAAGUUGUCAAAAAUACUCUAAACCCUGUGUGGCAAGCAUUCAAGAUCUCAGUCAGAGCAUUAUGUAAUGGUGAUUAUGACAGAACAAUCAAAGUAGAGGUGUAUGACUGGGAUCGAGAUGGGAGUCAUGAUUUCAUUGGAGAAUUUACAACAAGCUAUAGGGAACUUUCUAGAGGACAAUCACAAUUCAAUGUAUAUGAGGUGGUGAAUCCCAAAAAGAAAGGAAAAAAGAAAAAAUAUACUAACUCAGGAACAGUAACCUUACUCUCUUUUUUGGUAGAAACAGAAGUUUCAUUCCUUGACUAUAUUAAAGGAGGAACGCAAAUCAAUUUCACAGUGGCUAUUGAUUUUACAGCAUCAAAUGGCAACCCUGCCCAGCCCACUUCUCUCCAUUACAUGAAUCCUUACCAAUUGAAUGCCUAUGGAAUGGCCCUGAAAGCAGUGGGAGAAAUCGUUCAAGAUUAUGACAGUGACAAAAUGUUCCCAGCUCUAGGUUUUGGUGCAAAACUGCCUCCAGAUGGAAGGAUAUCUCAUGAAUUUGCUUUGAAUGGGAACCCUCAAAACCCCUACUGUGAUGGCAUUGAGGGGGUCAUGGAGGCUUACUAUAGGAGUCUGAAAUCUGUACAACUGUAUGGGCCAACCAACUUCGCUCCAGUAAUUAAUCAUGUAGCAAGGUAAGUGGAUGGAGACAAGAUAUUUAU